CGAACGCAGAUUAUUCAACAGACUUGUGGGACAAAUGAAAAUGAAUUCUUUCUUGGCAAAAAUUGUGAUUGCAUUCUGGUUGGUACUUGAGGAAAUGGGGUAUUUCGACCUCAUUCAAGCAAUAUCUACUAAAUGUGAUUCUGUCGUAAAACAGAAAUUCAACGAGACGGCUUCGUUUAUCAAUUACCUGGUUCCAAAUCCUGGUGCAGAACCAAUUGAUACCAGCGACAGGCCAUUUUUAGCAGGACUAAUUGAAAUACCUUUCAGUCGUGUAGAUCUGUACAACUGCAGGUAUCAACUACUAGAGCGGCUGAAUCAUAUAAUGCAGACCGUUUGUAAUGUUAUUUUCACCGAGAACGAAGCUAACAAAGUGGAGGAGGCACCUAGCAGUUCUAAGCAAACACAAAAUCUUCAAUCCAACUUGAACCCAUUGGCUAAACCAUUUUCAGUGCCAGAGCCUUCAACUCCCACAGAUCAGAGGUCAAUGUUCCUUACCUUCUCAAAUGGAUUUCCCUGUUCCCGCGAGGAAAUUUUCAGUUUCUUCACAUCAAAGCUCGGGCCAGUUGUGGAAUCCGUUAUGCUUGAGCGCGCGGUGCAAGAUGCCCCUCAAUAUGCAAGAAUUGUGUUCACAAAUGAAUCAGUCAUUUCACAAAUACUUAAUGGUGAGAACAAGGUCAAGUUCAUGGUCAACGGUAAGCACCUGUGGGCUAGACUUUAUAAGCCGAAGAAAAAUUAACAAAAGCUAUCAGGAUGAACCUAGAUGCCGUGUGCAGCUGUUGCGCACUAUGAUUCUCUUCUUGAUUGCAUUACAAAAGGAGGUGUUCUAGCCGUUACUGGCAUUCCAUUUUCUGAAUCACUAGAAUAGCCUUCCUUGAUUUUUUU